AUGGCGGCCACAGAGGGCAAGAAGAAGAUCAUCAAGCUCAAGAGUUCAGACGGUAAGGAGUUUGAGGUGGAGCAGGCGGUGGCCAUGGAGUCGCAAAUGAUCUGGCACAUGAUCGAGGACGACUAUACUGACGACGGCUUGUUGCUCCGCAAUGUCAACUCAAAGAUCCUCUCCAAGGUCAUUGAGUACUGCAACAAACACGUCCAAGCAAAGGCCGCCGACACAUCUGAUUUUAUAGGAGGAGCUAGGCCGUUAGGUGCUACAUCGGCUGUGCCUGCGGCGCCCGCAGAGGACCUUAAAAACUGGGACGCCAAUUUCGUCAAGGUCGACACGGCCACCAUAUUCGACCUCGCACUAGCUGCGAACCACCUCAACAUCAGGGGGCUCCUAGACCUGACUUGCCAGACCGUCGCCGACAUGAUCAUGGGAAAGACGCCAGAGGAGAUCCGCAAGAUCUUCAACAUCUAUGAGAAAUUAAGACCCGAGGAGGAGGAAAAGAUCCGCAGGGAAAACCAGUGGGCCUUUAAGUAG